AUCUGCUGCUAUAUGACAUGAAGAAAAAAACGAAACACCUGUUACCUAAGCGAAAUGAACUCACAAAAACUGUGAUCGGCAAACUUAACCCAACACAGGACUCCUGCAACCAUGGUUAAAAAUGAACCAGAACUUGGUGGCACGACCUCACAGUAGGUCCAGUCGUGUUAACUGCAACCCCCACCAAACCCUGCGCAGAAAACAAGAAUUAAAACCCGAAAGUAACCGUGAACAAAGUCGGUGGGGCGCCAAGAGACCGACCACUUUCGCCACGUAGCAACCAACGGGUGCCCCUGCCUUUACUUCAAUAGAUCCAGAGGACCAUAAGAGGCUUUCGUCUCCCUCCGUCUCUGUCUCUCUGUUGAUGGCGAUGGCGAGGUCAUCAACCGGGUGGUUUUGGCUAUGCCUUGCUUGUUGCUGUGCCUUCAGUUCAGUUCUCGCUGACAACACUCCAUGGAAUACCUUUGUUAUCCAUGCAGACAAAUCUAAAUUACCAGAAGACUUCAGCAAUCAUCUUGAUUGGUACUCAGCCACGCUGAGCUCAAUAGUAGAGGAGCCAUAUCUCAAGAACGGCUAUGAGCGGAUUAUCUACAGCUACGAAAAUGUUUUCCAUGGCUUUGCAGCGAAGCUCAGUGAGAGAGAAGCGGAGAAACUUCAAAACCAACGAGGUAUAUUGGCCAUCUUCCCGGAGACGGUCUACCAACUUCACACAACCAGGAGCCCAGAGUUCCUAGGCCUUGAACGAGGGAACGGAGGUGCCGGGGACGUCUGGGCCUCUGUCAAAUCUCGCCGUGAUGUCAUAAUUGGAGUGCUCGACACUGGAAUAUGGCCGGAGAGCCCGAGCUUCAACGACAGCGGCAUGGCCGCAAGGCCAGCUCGCUGGAGGGGCGCCUGCGAGACUGGCCGCGGCUUCAACGUCGGCCACUGCAACAAGAAGAUUGUUGGUGCCCGCAUAUUUUUCAAUGGCUAUGAGGCUGCAACCGGAAGCAUCAACGAGAAGGAAGAGUUCAAGUCGCCAAGGGAUCAAGACGGCCAUGGCACUCAUACCGCUGCGACCGUUGCCGGGGUGCCGGUGAGAGGCGCCAACCUACUCGGCUACGCCUCUGGAACUGCCAAAGGCAUGGCGCCGGGAGCCAGAGUUGCCGUUUACAAGGUAUGUUGGGUUAACGGAUGCUUCAGCUCAGAUAUACUUUCCGCCAUCGACAGGGCGGUUGCGGAUGGCGUUGACGUGCUCUCCAUUUCGCUCGGUGGCAGCGUCUCCGCCUACUACAGGGACAGCCUCUCUGUUGCUGCUUUCGGAGCCAUGGAGAAGGGGGUCUUCGUAUCGUGCUCGGCUGGCAACGGCGGACCAGGACCGGGUAGCCUGACCAAUGUCGCCCCAUGGAUCGCAACCAUAGGCGCCAGCACUAUGGACAGAGAUUUCCCUUCUAUUGUGAAAUUGGGCAACGGCCGGAUAUUCUCCGGCGUCUCCCUCUACAGAGGUCGGCGCGUUCUCUCCUUUGAUAAGCAGUAUCCUGUUGUCUACAUGGGCGACAAUAUCAGUAGCCCGACACCGAGCGCGCUGUGCCUGCCUGGCUCUCUUGAUGCGCAUGCUGUCGCCGGGAAGAUUGUACUCUGCGACAGAGGCAUGAAUCCGAGGGUGGAAAAAGGUGAGGUGGUGAAAGAAGCUGGCGGCAUAGGAAUGAUCCUGUCCAACACUGAAUCGAACGGGGAGGAACUGGUCGCAGACUGUCACCUUCUUCCGGCCACAUCAGUCGGCGAAACCGCUGGAAAUGCCAUCAAGCGAUACUUGCGGACCAGCCCACGUCCUACAGCCACCUUGUCUUUUGAGGGAACCAAGUUGGGGAUCAGGCCAUCUCCUGUUGUUGCCGCAUUCUCGUCCAGAGGUCCCAACUUCGUCACUCCGGAGAUACUCAAACCGGACAUGGUUGCGCCCGGCGUCAACAUCCUCGCCGCCUGGAGCGGACAGGCCGGGCCGACCACUCUGCGCCAGGACCACAGGCGAGUGAAGUACAACAUCCUCUCCGGCACCUCCAUGUCAUGCCCCCAUGUAAGCGGCAUAGCUGCGUUGCUUAAAUCCGUCCACUCGAAAUGGAGUCCGGCAGCCAUUAAAUCUGCUCUAAUGACUACUGCCUAUUCUCAUGACAACACCCACAACCCCAUGAAGGACGCAGCCUCAAACACUUCCUCCACACCCUUCCAACACGGUGCAGGUCAUAUAGAUCCAUCCAAGGCCUUAGAUCCCGGCCUAGUUUAUGACAUAGGCCCCGAAGACUACUUCAAUUUGCUUUGCUCUAUCAAGUUGACGCCUGCUGAGCUCAGAAUCUUCGCCAAGUCAUCGAACCUAUCCUGCAACCAUGGCUGGAACUCUCCCGGAGACCUCAAUUAUCCGGCCAUUUCCGUCGCAUUCCCGGAACGUCCUGCAACCUCAGUCAUUACCGUCAAAAGGACAGUUACCAAUGUGGGCAGUCCUGCUUCCCGAUACCACAUUGCUAUUGCACCAAUCAGAGGUGUAACAAUUACAGUUAAGCCGAGAACCUUGCAAUUCACCAAUAAGUAUCAGAAGCUGUCGUACCAAGUGACCUUCGCCACGGUUGCGCUGCAACCAGAGCCACAAUUUGGUGUGUUGACAUGGACCGAUGGAGUUCACAACGUCAGAAGCCCAGUCGUCGUCACAUGGACUCCUCCAGCUUAGGCUUUUCUUACUGCCGUUUCAAUCAGGUGCAACAAUAUGUAUCCCGCUUCCUUAGACCACCUUGGUGUCUAACUUGCUUCCUUCCAAUGCAUUUCAGUGUUCUUUUGCUGGCUC